UUGUACGACCCUGGGGAGGUGGGUGGCACGGGGAGAGGGAUCGCCCAUUCAAUGGAAUGCAGAUGUCCCUUUAAGGUUUGCCUCUCUCUCUGUGGACUUUAGCCUAAACACGGACUGGAAGCUUGCUUUAUUUGUACAUGAGCACAGACUCUGGGAAUCAGCCAGUUGCAAUUUCAAAGACCGAGAAGGGAGGGGCGAUGUGGCAAUUCAUCUUGGAUGUGAAAAGCGUGGAGAAGACUUAGAGGCAUUUGCCGAAAACACAGGAAAUCACCCCUCGGCUGCUGCUGCCGCUGCCGCCGCUGCUGCUGCCACUGCUGCUGCCUCCGCUGCUGCAAGAGCUCAAGGGCAGCGAGCGCUCCGGCCACAGUUUGUUCUGGGCAGCCUGCAGUGUGUCCCAGCUGAGACUCCGAGCCCUAGGGAGCCUGCCCUGCCUCUCCUGCCAGUGCCAGGCUGGUCAUGGCCCGCCAGCGCUGCACCAGCCCAGGUGUCGCUGUCGCAUGCUGGUUGCUUACCGUGGUCUUGGACUUCUGUGUAUCCUUCAAUGUGGAUGUGAAAAAUGCAAUGACUUUUAGUGGCCCAGUGGAGGACAUGUUUGGAUACACAGUUCAGCAAUAUGAAAAUGAAGAAGGCAAAUGGGUGCUCAUUGGUUCUCCACUGGUUGGCCAACCCAAGAACAGAACUGGUGAUGUUUAUAAGUGUCCAGUAGGGCGAGGAGAGUCAUCACCGUGCAUAAAAUUGGAUCUCCCAGUUUACACAUCAAUUCCCAAUGUCACGGAAGUAAAGGAGAACAUGACGUUUGGAUCCACUUUAGUCACUAACCCAAAAGGCGGGUUUCUGGCUUGUGGGCCUUUGUAUGCUUACAGAUGUGGACACUCACAUUAUACAACUGGCAUCUGUUCGGAUGUUGAUUCCAAAUUUCAGGUUGUGAACUCCAUUGCACCAUCUGUUCAAGGAUGCAGUACCCAACUGGACAUUGUCAUCGUGCUGGAUGGUUCUAACAGUAUCUACCCGUGGACAAGUGUUAUAGAUUUUUUAAAUAGUUUACUUGGGAAAAUGGAUAUUGGUCCCAAGCAGACACAGGUUGGAAUUGUACAGUAUAGUGAAAAUGUGACCCAUGAAUUUAACCUCAAUAAAUAUACAACAACUGAAGAAGUACUCAUUGCAGCUAACCAGAUAGAGCAGAGACAGGGGCGCCAAACGAUGACGGCUCUGGGAAUAGAUACAGCAAGAAAAGAGGCUUUCACUAAAGCCAGGGGUGCCCGAAGUGGGGUUAAGAAAGUCAUGGUGAUAGUGACCGAUGGAGAGUCCCACGACAAUCAUCGGCUGAAUAAAGUCAUCCAGGACUGUGAAGAUGAAGACAUCCAAAGAUUCGCCAUAGCUAUUCUUGGCCACUAUAACCGAGGGAAUUUGAGCACUGAGAAAUUUGUGGAAGAAAUAAAAUCAAUUGCAAGUGAGCCUACUGAAAAGCAUUUCUUCAAUGUCUCUGAUGAAUUUGCACUGGUCACUAUCGCUGAAGGCCUGGGAGAAAGAAUAUUUGCCUUGGAAGCCACAACUGAUUUGUCAGCAGCCUCAUUUGAGAUGGAAAUGUCCCAGACUGGAUUCAGUGCUCAUUAUUCACAGGACUGGGUUAUGCUUGGAGCUGUAGGAGCCUAUGACUGGAAUGGAACAGUUGUCAUGCAGAAAGACAGCCAAAUUAUAACACCGUCAAAUAAUUCCUUUAAUGUUGAGUCUACUAAGAAAAAUGAACCACUUGCUUCCUAUUUAGGUUAUAUGGUCAACUCUGCCACUAUUCCUGGAGACGUGAUCUACAUUGCUGGGCAGCCCCGCUAUAAUCACACGGGUCAAGUCAUUACCUAUAGGAUGGAAGGCCAAGAAAUCAAGAUUCUCCAAACCCUCAGUGGAGAACAAAUUGGUUCCUACUUUGGCAGUGUUUUAACAACAAUCGACGUUGAUAAAGACUCCUUCACUGACAUCCUUCUGGUUGGUGCUCCCAUGUAUAUGGGAACAGAGAAAGAAGAACAAGGAAAAGUGUAUGUGUAUGCUUUGAAUCAGACUAGGUUUGAAUACAAGAUGAGCCUGGAGCCCAUUAAGCAAACUUGCUGUUCAUCCCUCAAGCAUGACUCCUGCAAAAAGAAAAACAAAAAUGAGCCUUGUGGGGCUCGUUUUGGAACAGCUAUUGCUUCUGUGAAGGACCUCAACCUUGAUGGAUUUAAUGAUAUAGUGAUUGGCGCUCCCUUAGAAGAUGAUCAUGGAGGGGCCGUUUAUAUUUAUCAUGGAAGUGGCAAGACCAUAAGGAAAGAAUAUGCACAACGUAUUCCAUCAGGUGGAGAUGGAGAGACACUGAAGUUUUUUGGCCAGUCCAUACAUGGAGAAAUGGAUUUAAACGGAGAUGGACUGACUGAUGUGACCAUUGGAGGCCUUGGUGGUGCUGCCCUCUUCUGGUCUCGAGAUGUAGCUGAAGUUAAAGUUAAGAUGACUUUUGCACCUAAUAAAGUGAACAUUCAAAAGAAAAACUGUAAGAUGGAGGGGAAGGAAACAGUAUGCAUAAAUGCUACCAUGUGUUUUGAUGUCAAACUGAAGUCAAAGGAAGACACAAUUUAUGAAGCUGAUCUGCAAUACCGAGUUACAUUAGACUCAGUAAGACAGAUAUCACGAAGUUUCUUCUCUGGAACGCAAGAAAGAAAGAUUCAAAAAAACAUCACAGUCCGUGGAUCAGAAUGUACUAAGCAUUACUUCUACAUGUUGGACAAGCAUGACUUUCGGGAUUCGGUGAAGGUAUCAUUGGAUUUUAAUCUUUCAGAUCCAGAAAAUGGCCCUGUUCUUGAUGGUGAUCUACCUAACUCGGUGCAUGAAUAUAUUCCCUUUGCAAAAGAUUGUGGAAAUAAGGAAAAAUGCAUCUCAGAUUUGGCCCUGACUGCAACAACCACAGGAAAAGACUUACUAAUUGUUAAGUCCCACAGUGAUAAAUUCAACGUGAGCCUGACCAUUAAGAAUAAAAAUGACAGUGCCUACAAUACCAGAGCCAUUGUCCAGGCCUCUCCCAAUGUCAUUUUUUCAGGAAUUGAGGGUAUUCAAAAAGACAGCUGCGAAUCCAAUCAGAACAUCACAUGUAAAGUUGGCUAUCCUUUCCUGAAAAGAGGAGAAGAGAUAUCUUUCAAAAUACUGUUUCAGUUCAAUACAUCCUAUCUUAUGGAAAAUGUGGUCAUUCACGUAAGUGUAACAAGUGACAGUGAAGAACCUUCAGAGACGCUUUUUGACAAUGAAGUAGAUAUUUCUAUUCCAGUAAAAUAUGAAGCUGGACUCCAGUUUUCCAGCUCUGCAAGUGAAUAUCACAUUUCAAUUUCGGCCAACGAUACAGUUCCUGACGUAAUUAAUUCUACCAAUGACAUCGGAAAUGAAAUCAAUGUUUUCUACUUGAUCCGAAAAAGUGGACACAUCCCCAUACCAGAGCUUAAGCUGAAUAUUUCAUUCCCCAACUUAACAUCAGAUGAAUACCCUGUACUCUACCUAAUUGGAUGGUCAUCUUCUGAUAACAUAAACUGCAGACCAACUAGCCUUCAAGAUCCCUUCGAGAUCAACUUUGGAAAGAAAAUUAUACCAAAAUCUGGAGAACUCAAGCGAGGCACCAUUUCGAACUGCGAUACCUGCAAAUCUGCAACCAUUAUGUGUAAUCUGAUCCCUUCUGAUGUAAGUCAAGUAAAUGUUACAUUCUUCUUGUGGAAGUCAACAUUUAUAAAAGCAACUUUUUCCAGUUUAAACCUGACUAUAAAGGCAGAACUUCAUAGUGAAAACUCAUCACUCGUGUUAAGUAGUAGUAAUCAGAAAAGAGAGCUGGCUAUUCAAAUAUCCAAAGAUCUUCUACCUGGCCGAGUGCCAUUAUGGGUGAUCCUUCUGAGUGCCUUCGCAGGAUUUCUGCUAUUGAUGCUCCUUAUAUUGGCACUAUGGAAGAUUGGAUUCUUCAAAAGGCCACUAAAGAAGAAGAUGGAAAAAUGAAAUUCCAUGCCAGAGGGAAAAAACAGCAAUUUUCAACGAUCUGUCCUCAAGCUUGUUUCAAAUCUGUGACCAGAAAGUAAUUAUCAUCUACAGGGUCACUUACCUUUGUUCUAUCAAGGAAUUAAUCACCUAGGGGGGAAAGGACAGAUCAAGAAUGAUCCCAAAAGACAACCAUAAAUUCCUAUUUGUAAAUUAUCAGGAAGCAUUUUAAAACAAUUACUCAUUUUUGCUGAGUAAUUGAAUUUAUGAUUACAAAGUGUUUUGAAUAGGAAGGACAACCUAUUCAAAUGUGCUUUAGGAAUGAAGGAAGAGAUGUUGUCAGGCUCAUGGAAACAUUUUUGUUUUUUCCUCCAGAAAAAUACAAGUUAGACUUUCUUUCUCUGACCCCAAUGGAAAUCUAGACUUUCAGAGUUUGAACAUGCAUGUACAUGCCAGGAAAGGGCUUGCUUGCUAGGGUCACUUCCCAUCAUGCACAACUGAUCUCAAGGGAAUGGACUUUCUGUAACGUGGACUCGUGACACAGAGGAGACAAAACGUACAAUGAAGCAGGGUCAUACAGCAGGUAGCCUCUGGGUCAACUUCUGUGCAUGGAAAAGUUCAUUUCCCAGGGUGUCUAGAAAGCAAGGUCUCUCCGGCUGAAAUUCUAUCCCAGGUUGAGAAUGAAGCACUGCUAGAAGACAAGCACACUGAAUGGCUGGGGUUAAAAGCUUUUACAGGGCACACUGAACUGGCAUUUUUGAGCUUUCAGAAUCAACGUCAAACUUCAUGGUAGCAAAAAAAAAGCACUUAAAAACAAUUUUUAAUUUUAUGUGUACCUUUAAAAAUGUGAUGUGAUUUGUUCCCAAAGAAUGCAGUGUGAGAGAUAUGAUGAAAUGAGUUUCCGAAAAUGGGAUGUCGUUGGUAAAUGACUAUGAAGUGCCUAUUGCACCUUUGAGAAUCAGCAUUGAGUUUUGAGGGACCCAGAAUUCCCGUUUUCUAAGGUAGCCCAAAGAAGGAGUUCUCUUAGGUCCUUGGUACAGGGUUGGUCCAAAGCAAAAACUAAGACAGGGUUUUUAUUUUAUUUUAUUUUGUGUUUUUUAUUUUGUUUCUUGAGGAUUAUUUUUGAAUACAUUUCUUUUAUUCUGUAAAAGACAAAAUUCCAUUUUAGAAUAAGACUUCACCAAAAAAUGUUUCCAGUGUAUGAGCUACAUAUAUAUAUAUAUAUAUAUAUAUAUAUACACAUGUAUAUGCAUAUGUAUACAUAUAUAUCAAGUAAAUAGAUCACUAGAAACAUAUUUAAAGCAUUUUGUGUUUGAAAGCUGGCAACAACAAGAAGUCACCCCUCCACAUUUAUCUUUUCUUUUGAAGUAAUUUUCCUAAGGAAAAUAGAGUUAACCAGAACACCAGCUGCCAUGGACAAUCCAUUUAUUUUCUGUGGCAGUAACACCAAAUAAAUGAGCGUACAGUAGUUCUAUCAGUCAGUAAACAUUCAGUAAGUGCCUACUGUGUGCCAGGCACUGUGCUAAGUGCUAAGACUACAAAGGAGGGCAAAGGAUAGCUCCAACUAUCAAGGGGCUCACAGUAAAUAUGAAAACAACUGUAUACAAGAAGAUACAUUACAGGAUAAACAGGAGAGAAUCAGUAGAGAAAAGGCACCAGUAUUAAGAAGGAUCAGGAGAGGUUUCUAGCAGAAAAUGAGAUUUUAGUUAGAACUUGAAGGAAGCCAGGAAGUGGAGAUAAGAAGGGUGAGUCUUCCAAGCAUGGGAAAAUAUCCAGAGUCUGGAGAUGGCAUGUCUUGUGCAGGAACAGCAAGGAGGCCAUUGUCAUUGGACCACAGAGUAUGUGGGGAGGAGGGAGGACUAAGGUGUAAAAAGACUGGAAAGGUAGGAGACCAGUUGUGAAGGUCUUUGAAUGUCAAGGAUCAUUGUAUAUUUGAUUCUGGUGAUGAGAGCACUGGUGUUCAUCGAAUAAGGAGGUGACCUGGUCAGAGCUGUGCUUUAUGUGUGAACUACUGCUAUAAAGUACAUUCAAAUUUUAAAACAGCUUUCCAAUUGUUACCACAUCCAAUCCAGUAUGAUUUACUAUAGUAAAAACUCAAUUGACCAGAACCUAGUAAAGAAAAGCUUCAGUUAACCAGAAUUUUUCUAUGGUAAUUUCUAGGGAAAAAUAAAGUGAAUAACAAGAAAACAAGUCAAUAGCAGAUAUUACUGCAAAGCCCCAACUUCAGGGUAUUCCAAUUCAAAGUCAGCCCAGUGUUCUAACAUUUCCAUAUCUAUACCCAUACUAUGAUUAAUACUAAGAUUAAUCAUGCCUUCCCAUCUUCCCUUUCUCACCCCCUAUAUACUUACUGACACCUUCUCACUCCUGUUGCCCAUAGACACAGUCUUUUAAUGGUACCUGGUAACUACUCCCAAAUCUCCACCUUGUCAUUCCUUUCACAUGCCAUCCUUUUACUCCAAGAUUACCACUUCCUUUUGAUGCCCCUUGCUUAUCAAAAUUCAUAUUCCCUCAGUGUUCUGAUCUCAGCUAGUUCUUAGGCAGAAAUCAAACUGAAUAGGAUAAUUAACCUCUCAGCCUCAAUUUCCUCAAUUAUAAAAUGAGGUGGUUGAACUAGAAGACUUCCAAGGUCCCUGUCUAGCACUAUAUCUAUGAUCCUAAUUCAGCCUGAGAUGAUGCUUUAACUUUCCCAUAGAGUGUUUGUGUUUUAAAAGAGAAUGCUUAUUGAUCCAAUGAAAGAAAGUUUCAGUGGCAGGAAUUCAAAUAAUGUGAAAAAUAGUAAGAGAAAUAUUUAGGAUUUAGGCAACUUCCUAUUGCCCCUCAAGGCACACAAAGCAUGUGAUUACCAGCUCUUUCUACCCAGAAAUCUAUACAACCCCAUUUUCAACCAAAGGAGUGGAAACAAAAAGGAACAUCUAUAUAUUAAUAAGAAUUUCUAUUUUCCCAUUUUACUUCAUUAAACUUUAUUAUAUAUGGGAUAGGCCUAGAGACUAGUCCUGUGACUUCAUUGGUAGAGAGAAUUCCCAUGUACACAAACUCCUCCUACCAAUGCAGGGCAACAGGCAGCACCUUUUCUGGAACUUAGAGUUUUAAGAGAGUUGCUUUGAGCUUCAAGAGUUGAAGUAACUUGCCCAACAUUUAUACACACACAUAUAUAAAUACUUGUACACACAUAU